CGGAAACGUUUUACCCGAGCCGCCAUUACGUUCAGUGAAGAACGUGCCCCUGUGAAAAACUCGUGUCGUUGCACAAUUGGCAACGAAUUUUAACGCAAAAAGUGGAAAAUAUUUCCAAAAUUCAUUAGAAAUUUACAAAAACAAUCGCGCGUAGUAUUUUGCGUAUAAAAUAUGUGAAAUUGGAUAGUUUAAGUGGAGAAAACACGUUGUGAAAAAAAGAGUUUUGAAGAGUGAAGUAAAAAAUUUAUUGAAAUAAUCAAAAAAUUAAACCAGUAUGAAGCGGAAUUAAAAAGUUAGCCUUUUAAAAAGGAAAAGUUAAAAAAGGCGAAUAAACGGCAAGGCAGAGUAACAACAAACAAACAAUUUGUAAACAACGACCUAGCCCGUACAGCCAAAAGUAGCAAUAAAAGCUAAAGCGACAGCGGAAAAUCGCACUGCAUAAAAAACAGUGUGGAUCAAAUUAGUGUGAUAGUAAAUUUAAACAAUCAGAAUUAAAGUACUACAAUGUUGCAAUGAAAUGUGCAAAAGUCAUCGUUGUAAUUAUGUCCAUUCAUUUGAUUUCUUCGAUUUCAACGUGAAAAAUGUCGUCGAUCCGAUUGCUGCACCGCUCGUCGUUGUCGUUGCUACCACUGCAGUGCUGUAAUUGCAAUAACUUUAUCGCCUACAUUUUGUUGUUGAUAACAUCGCUGUUGUCUACCACGCUUUGCGCUAUCUAUAAAAGCGUUAGCAAGAAAAACAACAAUAACAACAGAUCUUGCCUUUAUCAUCACAACCAAGACCAGCAAAAGGAUAGUUGUAACCAUCCAUUGGCACUGAAAUCAUCAAAUCUCGAUCACUCUUACUGUUACUGCCGCUGCUUAAACCAAUUAAAUACUACAACAGCUGUUUCUACAAGAGGGUCAGUAAAUCAAAGCACUGUUACCGAUUGCCAAACAUCUGAUACAUACAUUCUCACACCGCUCACAACUGCUGCCAAGCACAGCGCCAGCAGCAAUUGCAGUAGUAGCAGCAUCAGCUGGAAUUGCAGUGAAAGUGACUGCCCACUUCCGAUAACUAGGAACAGGCAUUCGCAACAGUACUCACAUAAAGAGGAGCAGCAGGCUUUUUACCAAUCAAUUGAUUGCUGCUGCGCCAAUAAAAGCAAAAACAAGAACAUUUGCAGGAGUAGCAUAAGAAGCUCCGUUCACAACCGGAAUAUAGACAGUGUUUGCUACAGUCCAAAACGAGCAUUGUAUAUUCGGUCCAAUACUAACACCUAUACUAGGCAGCUUAGUAGCCACAUCACCACAUCAUCAACCCCUGAAGAAGCAGAAAUAACCGCGACGGUUAUAGUACCGACGCUUGUGGAUCUCACGCACCCAUCCUUGCAUCCUACAUUAACUCCAAAUAGCAACGGCAACAACAGCCCACUUACCUCCAAACACCUGACUAACAACAACAACAGCAAGCCGUUUUUCAAUCCUUCAGCGCAGAGGCUAAUCAGUAGCAGUUCAACGCCGCUGCUGCAGGAGAAUCAGCAGUCUACGCAUUCCAACAGUGAUUUUGGUGUAUCGACGUCGUUACACGUUUUGGUGCAACAACGAAAGUCAAAGUCACAACCAAGAAAACCGCAGCAGAAUUUGCGUGUUGGUAUCAUAAAAUACGCUUAACUAAAUUUUAAUCGAGUCUAAACAACACACAGUAGAAACGGAUAAUUUCAUAUUUA